CGUCUGGGAUUCCUCAGAUCUCGUACGAGCGCAGAGCAAAGAAGAAGUACUUCGCGGUACUUGUUUUUAGAGUGAAGUUUUCGCGCAUCAAAAAAAAAAAGACUUAAAAUCACGAUGGAUACUCUAAGGAACUUUUUGAUAUUGUUUUUUAUGGUAUCGGUUACGUUAUCGAGUUGUUCCGGUACUGCGGACGUGAACAGUACCUCGGAUACGAUUUUUAAGAAGAAUCUUCAAUCGAGCAAGGGCAGGGAGAUGAGAAGUUACAUCGGGAUGAUCGGAUGCGCUGUAAAGUACGACUUUUCAUGUUUUUUGAAUGUGGCCGAAGACUACUUGGAAAUGCAGAAAACGGAAUUGUUGGCUGAAGCUGACGCUGAAGCUCUACAAUCUUCAGGAAGAUCGGACCCAGAAAGCAAGCCAUCAUAUUUGGCCAGCAUCAUAGGCAAAUUGAUGAAGGAAGUCUCUGCCAUGUUCCAAGACGGUUUAGGAGGCUUCAUGAAAACAGCCAGGGAAUCAGAUGACGAAGAAGACGACGAAGAUGACGACAGUGACAGCAAUGUGACAGCUGUCGAAGCCAGGAAGUCCUCGGAAGAAAUCAAGGAAACCAAAGAAACUAAACAGAAGAACGAAGAAACUGAACUGGAGACACGAAAAAAGGACGAAGAUGACGAUUUCAAAACUGGUUUGCAGAAAUACCUCAUGGACGUUGCUAUGAAGUUAAUUUUGCUCAAAAUCGGCCUUAUCGGAGUUGUGGUAGUACUGGUAGGGUUGCUAGGUCUGGUUGCCGGAGCAAUAUCCCUGAAACUACACGUUAUAGCUUUAGUUUCCAUUCUAAUUCAAGGGAUAAUCAACAAAGCUAAAUACGGACAUAUGAAGCAUUAAAAACAUGAGUAAAAUUGAUGAGUUUGUGAUAUUUGAGUUGUUUUUGAAUGAUAAAUUUGUAAAUAAUAGUGUUUUUUAAUUUAUUUAUUAUAUAACUUUAAGUGUUUAGUAAUAAUAAAAUUUUUAGAAUACUUCAUUCUUAAUUAUAAAUUUUAUUUACAGCAUAGGGAAUACAAUAAUACAGGGUCUCCCAAUAUUCAUGGACAUACAUUUUAGUACAAAUAUUUUUUUUAUUUCUGAAUUUUUUUAAGCAUGUUUUUUCCAAAACAGACCUACAAAAUAUACAGGAAAUUCCAAUAUUCCGUGGACGUAGAACAACUACGUAUUUUUUUAAUUAAAAUUAGUUAAUUGCGCGUUAUUUACUUCUGAAUUACUUCUUUUCCGUUAGAGGGCAUCAAUCAAAUCCUAUUAUUGUAACACAGUGUCCUAUUAUUGCAACAAGGGAUCCUAUUAUUGGAACACCCUGUAUAUAGUUAGAGUAGAUCACUGUGUAGUACAGGAUCCUUUCAAUAGAUCAUAAUAUAUCAUAAAAAACAAAGUGAAAAAUUUAACAUGCAAAACCUUAUACCAGAAUAUAUUACAAUAAUUAAAUUUAUAAAAAUUAUUUUAAAAAUUAUAGGUAUAGUGGUACCACCUAGGCUCUUAUGCUUGAAUUAGGAGAUGUUGUAAGUAAGAAUUCUGUUUACCAUCAGGCAACCAAAUAUACAUCUCCUGAAAAUCAUGGCGCGAAAGUUUGUACCAAUUAUUCUUUUAACUGUUUGUGUUCUAUAUAUAUAUUUUUUUGAAUUAUUUUCCAAAUCUUUACAUAAUUUGCUCUCCAAGUUGACGUUAUUAGAUUUUCAUUCUGAUGUUUCGUUUCUGAGCCAAUUUAAUUUAUUUUAAAUGCCGAAAUCAUACUAUACAGGGUGGUCCGAACUGUAUUCCGGAA